GCAAAAGAAACAUUACAUAAUUUCUAUCCUCUCCCGCUUCAUAUACACUUCAUCGCUUCACCACUUCUCAAAUCCCUAAAACCUAAAAUCCAAAACUCAGCAACCAAAAAAAUGGCACCCAUAGAUCCACACUCCUUCACCGACUCCUCCCACCCUCUCACCACACACAUCUCCCUCUCCCUCUACCUCGACUUCUCCACCUCCGUCAUCCACUCCUCCGCUCUCCUCACCCUCUCCUCCCCCUUCUCCGGCGACCUCUCUCUCGACACCCGCUCCAUCUCCAUCACCACCAUCCUCGACCCCAAAACUCACACCCUCCUCCCUCACUCCCUCUCCUCAAACCCCGAUCCAAUCAAAGGCAGCGAGAUCGUGAUCUCCCUCACCGGCCAAUCUCAACUCCUCAUCCUCUACUCCACUUCCCCUUCCGCCUCCGCUCUCCAAUGGCUCUCCCCGAUCCAAACCUUCUCCAAAUCUCACCCUUACGUCUACACGCAGUGCCAAGCGAUCCACGCCAGAUCCAUCUUCCCUUGCCAAGACACUCCCGCCGCGAGGAUCCGUUACGACGUCGUUAUGAACAUCCCUUCCUCUCUCUCGGCCGUUAUGUCCGCGCGUCACGUGCGUCGCAGGCUUCCGAGUCUCGAGGAAGCUAAACACCUCGACGAUGUUACGGCGUCGUUGUGGCGUGGGGAGGAUAGGGUUGUUGAGGAGUUUGUUAUGGAACAGCCAAUCCCGCCUUAUCUUUUCGCGUUUGCGGUUGGGGAGUUGGGGUUUAGGGAAGUGGGGCCCAGGACGAGGGUGUAUGCUGAGUCAGCAGCUGUUGAGGUGCUGGACGCUGCUGAGUUGGAGUUUGCGGGGACGGAGGAGAUGAUUAAGCAAGGGGAGAAGCUGUUUGGUGGUUAUGAGUGGGAGAGGUUUGAUUUGCUUGUGUUGCCUCCGAGUUUUCCUUAUGGUGGGAUGGAGAAUCCGAGGAUGGUGUUUUUGACUCCUACUGUGAUCAAAGGGGACGCUAGUGGUGCUCAAGUUGUUGCUCAUGAGCUUGCUCAUAGCUGGACUGGGAACUUGAUUACUAAUAUCAACAAUGAGCAUUUCUGGUUGAAUGAGGGAUUUACGACGUACGCGGAGAGGAGGAUUGUGGAGGUUGUUCAAGGGGAGGAUAUAGCUACUUUGAACAUGGGGAUUGGUUGGAGGGGUUUAAACGAUGAGAUGGAACGGUUCAAAGAUAACUUGGAGUGUACUAAACUGAAGAACAAACAAGAUGGUGUUGAUCCUGAUGAUGUUUAUUCUCAAGUUCCGUAUGAGAAAGGUUUCCAGUUUGUGUUGAGAAUUGAACGCCAGGUUGGAAGGACUGCUUUUGAUGAAUUUCUCAAGAAAUACAUUGCUACUUUCAAAUUCAAGUCGAUUGAUACAGAUACGUUCCUUGACUUCCUGAAAGCAAACAUUCCUGGCAUUGAGAAAGAGAUCAACCUGCAGAUGUGGACUGAGGGUGUUGGUAUACCGGAAGAUGCAUAUGAACCAGUCUCAGCAAUUUACACAAAGAUCAUAUCCCUGGCAGAAGAGUUUAAGCAAGGAAAGAUGCCUAGUGAGGAUGAGGUUGCUGAGUGGAAAGGACAGGAAUGGGAGCUGUACUUGGAGAAUCUUCCUAAGUCAUGUGAACCUUCUCAGGUCGUGGCUUUGGACAAGCGGUACAGACUAGCAGAAUCAAAGAGCUACGAAGUGAAGGUGUCGUUUCUAAAGCUUGCAAUCUCAUCCAAGUGCAAAGAGUACCAUGGAGAAGUGGAGAAAACUUUAAAAUCGGUGGGAAGGAUGUUGUACCUGCGUGCACUCUUCACUGCUCUCGCACAAGCCGGUGGAACCGAAGAGAAGCAAAUGGCGAAACAAAUCUUUGCAGAAGCUAGAGAAACAUACCACCCUAUAGCUCAGGGAGUGGUUGAGUCUAUCCUCUCUAAAUACAUCUAAAACAAGACCCAUCUUAUGCAUAGCAGCUAGCAACAUUUCAAUAAAACUCAAAUGACUGUAAUAAUAAUAACAUUGCUGCUCUGAGUCAUGAAACAAAAACAAAAAAAUUGAGUUGGUUUUUGCUUAGUACAUUACAUUCUCUGAGAUUAUGCAGCAUUACUCUCAUCUUCUAGCUUCUUGACAUAAGCCUUGAGAACCAUGAUAACCUCAAUAGCUGGUGCUUGCAACGUAGAGACAAGGUUAAUGGCCGGACUUUGCAGAGCUCCAAGCAUCUUAGCGUAGACCUCAGCACGAGUCGGCAUGGUCUCAAGAGCUUUGAAGUUAUCAGGAGCGUAGAACUUACCUUCAAAAACCGCACCUGCAAAGUCAUUAUCAUCAAGCUUACGUUCCUUUUGGAAACUCCGGUAAGGUCUGAUAGCGGAAGGGAUUUCAUCUGUCUGAACAAAGAGCCAAGCGUUCAUGCCUUUCAUACAAGGCUUCAGAGCUUCCCAUUUGGUUCCUUCGAUGGCUUUGAUGACCAAAGUGUUCUUGGCGACGACGAGCUUCGUUGUGUCCGGGAGAGUUCUUCUUAGGUCUUGGAACUGCUUGACGGUGAGGCCUUUGUAGUUGAUGGCGGCGAGGAGGUGGCAAUUCUCGAGGUGGGACUUGACUGUCUCCACGGUUUCUUCCUUUUUGGAACGAGACACGGCGGAUCUGAUGGUGAGGAGACGAGGGUGGUUUUGGGAUUUGGAGAGUUUGGGGGUUAGGGAUAAGGUUCGGUUGUGGCAGAGAGGAGACAAGGAAGAAGAGAAUGAGAGAAGAGACAGUUCCAUUUUUGCGGGAAUAAGGAUAAGAGGAGGAGAACUGUUGUCUGCUUGGGGGUUGAGGAAGGAAGGAGAUAGAUAAGUUUUAAUCUUUUUUUUUUAAUUUAUUUUAAUUCACGGAUAAAUAGAGGUGACUGACGGAACUAUUAACUCCGUCUAGUUUUAACACUCUUUCAGACUAGAUCGUC